AUGCUCUCCCGACGAGCCUUGACUUUGGCCGCAGCCUCCGCACGAUCCUUUGCCCGAACCCGGCCUCAAUCUCAAAUUCAACCUCAAUUCCGCAUACCUCGAGCCCAAUUCUCAGUUGCAAGAUGUCUAAAGGCUGCUGGAGAAGAGAUAGACGAUCCUGAAAUGAAUAACAACUACAUCAACCCGCCUCGAAUCAAGCGACAACACCGCGACCCUUAUGCCGACUGGGAUGACAAGCAAGAACGACGCAACUUCGGUGAACCUGUCCAUGAAGAUAAUGAUGUUCUCGGCAUCUUCGCCUUGGAGGACUAUACAUUCAUGUCCAGCGCACGAGGUGUCUUGAUGUGGGCAGGCUUCAUCACCUGUGUACUGGGGGUGUACUAUGGUGUCGCAUACACAUAUCCCGGCAAACCCAGCGCCCCACGAGAACUUGAAGGAGGACUAUUUGAGGAGCUAGGAGGUCCCGGUGCUGUCAGGGCACAUAUGGCCGGAGACUCAGUCGACGGUGAACAGAUCAGCGGUGAUCUGGAAGCAAAUCCGCAGAUAUCUCGUGACGUCAAGCUGAACCAAAGCUGA